GGCGUGGCUCACAGCGAGGUGAAUCCCAACACGCGGGUGAUGAACAGCAGAGGCAUCUGGGUGGCCUACGGUGCCUCGGUGGGCGUCCUCCACGUCGUGCUGCUCAGCAUCCCCUUCUUCAGCGUGCCCGUGGUCUGGACACUCACCAACGUCAUCCACAACCUGGUCAUGUACGUGCUGCUGCACGCGGUGAAGGGGACACCCUUCGAGACCCCGGACCAGGGCAGGGACCGGCUCCUCACACACUGGGAGCAGAUAGACUACGGGACGCAGUGCACCGCAGCCCGCAAGUUCCUCAGCAUCUCCCCGGUGGUGCUGUACCUCCUGACCAGCUUCUACACCAAGUAUGACCCCACACACUUCCUGGUGAACACAGCCUCGCUGCUCAGUGUCCUCCUGCCCAAACUGCCCCAGUUCCACGGCGUCCGUGUCUUCGGCAUCAACAAGUACUGA